UUGUUUCAAAACGGAAACGUGGAUGUUUCUCCCAUUUACUUUCAACCUACCCACGGGGAAACCACAACACUGCACACUGAGUUUUUUCCCUGACGCAAUUUCAAAGUGAAGGAGUGUCUCGAAACAUAACCUUCCAGUACAAUCGAGUCUACAGACAUGGUAACAGCUCAUACGGCCACUUUGUACAUAAAUGAUGGCAAACUGGAAGAGUUUUCUUCAGAGUGAAGCUGAAGGGUGUCAAACGGGAUCAAGGUGCUGCAAGGGCAGAUUCUACAGCUUCACCGACAGCUGUAACUUCAUCUGCGCAAGAUGAGAAGAAGGAGGAAGCAGUGAGGUGUAGCCAGAUGCUGUCAGCUGUCAUUUUUUGGAAACCAACCAUAAAUCUCCUUCACAAAAGGAGAUUAAUGACGCAUUAAAUGGAGAGAAACCAGGAAAUCUCUGUGCUACUUCUUGCUCUGCUUCAAGUCUGCUUGGCCAGGUUGGAAAGUUGCACAAGCCAACCGGCUCUUCCCACAGAUCUCACCUGCUACACCGACUACAAUACAACCAUCAGUUGUGCCUGGAACAUUACAAAGGAGUCCGACCACAGAGAUGCCGCAUGCACACUACUCAGCACUCAUAAGUACAAAAAUAAAACAACUUUUUCUGCUUCGUGUCGCAUGGAACCUGCUGACGUGUCCGGUCAGAAUAUAAGGAGGUGCACCUUGGAUUUCAAAGCCCCACGCAGAUUUACAACUGCCCAUAACCUGUCCAUGAGCCUGAGCUGUGACCCUGGGAAGCACAUUUUGACAGUUUACUUCAGGCCAGCUUGCAACAUAAAGCUAAAACCACCAGGAAGACCAGAUGUCAACCUUACCACCGUUUCCUGGCUCCCCAUAUUUGGGAAAAGUUCUUUACUGGUUUUCAUCUCAGAGUUGCAGUGGAAAACCCAGGAUCAGUCAUGGAGUGAUCCCUCUGUGCAGAAGCAGCAGACAAAAACCACAUCAUGUAUGUCGAAAUGCGAGGCACAGCUGGACCCCGAAUCACUCGUACAAGGAGAGACAUAUGAGGCACGCAUUCGGGUGCAGCCUGAUCAAGCGAAAUUUUACAUGUCAGUGUGGAGUGACUGGGGCCCCACUGCAUCAUGGGAGUCACCUGUUGGAAGAAUGAAACCAACACAACCACCUGAUUUUGUGAGGGAUGUGGCCAUUAUCAUCACAGGCGCAACACUGGCCUUGUUUCUGGCGGGCGUACUCUUUAAGAAUGACAAAGCCAUUUGGGUUUACAGGAAGAUGAGAGGUCAGCCCCCACCGGAUCCUGGAAAGUCCUCCCUGAAGGAUCUACAUUUGCAGCAUUGGAGCCCUUACUUCACCAGGGAAUCCCUUCACUCCUCUUUGAAAACAGAGGACAUCAACUCUGUAGAAGUUAUCUCCACCAUGGAUAAUGACACAUUCUGCAGCAAAGAGGUGGCUCUCCUGGAUAAGAUGAGAAAAGAACGCAUGAGAAUCGAGUCGACCAGCUCCAGUUUCUCCAACCCCAUUUACUCCCAACUUUGUCCUCCUCCUCCUCCUCCUGACGCUAUGGGGACAGCAGAGAGUCUGGAGCCCUGUGACAAUGAUCCACGCAAUAGCUCUACCGGUUGUCAAGACAAAGGCGAAAGUGCAGAGAAGAACGUGGAGGAAGAAAGAAUGAAAGAAAUGCAGAUUGUACAGUUGCUAUCAAAACGCAAGAACAACAACAGUGAGCAUGUGCAAGUAGUUUCAGGCUACGAGAAGGUUGAGAAGCUCCAGGCUGAACGCACCAGACUCCAGAGUCUAGAUUCAGGUGUUUGCUCUGGCGAAGACGUGAGUCAGGAGAGUCUGGAAACAGAUAGCGUCAAUGUAAGUGAUGGCCAUGAGGAGGGGCCCGAGAGCAGAGAGGUGGUGAAUGAAAAAGAAGUCAUCUUUCAGAAACUCUUUGGAGGUGAUGGAGGAAGUGUUGUCGGCAAAGGGUCCGUUCAGGUUUGCUCUGAUUACGAGCAAGUCCACAAGCUGCAGCCCAGCAGUCCUGAACUACUGAGCGUAGAUUCAGGGGUGAACAGUGGGGGUGAGGAGCAGGUGAGUCAUGAGGAGAGCCUGGAAGACAUCGAUUCGUCAACUGAAACCACACACUUCCUGUUCCCUCCUACUCGCUGUAUUCUGCCAUGUGCCGUGCCCUCUUUCUCGCAAAUGUCUUUAUCUGGGACAGAUUUAAGUAGAGCUCUGCAACCUUCAAGUCUUAGUCAAAUAGUCGGGAAAGCUGCUAUGCUGUCAUUGUCCAGGUCAAUGGAAACCUCGGGUGAUGGAUACAUGCCUGUGAGACAGGAGUCAGGAUAAAGCAGCAAUAGGCGGAUUUACUGGAAAAACCAGUUGACUGCUGAGCUUCUUCUGCUGGUUGUUGAAAUAUAGUUUUGGAUGCCGGUUGUCCUUAGUUCCUUAGGGACAGUUUAAACUUCAGAAGCAAAUUUCACAUUGAAACUUUUGAAAUCAGUUUGAGUUUAAAAUAUCGCAUUUUCGCCAGACCUGACCUCCAUGCUAAGUUUCAAGAGUUUAUAU